AAUUCGAAAACUAGAUAUGCUGUAUUAAACGCAAACAAACUAGUUAAUGAGUCAUGGCACGUGUACCGUACCCCUAUGCCAUAGGUGUAAGCAUAUUAAAAAUAGUGAUACGGCUAAUUAACGGCACACAAUACGAAAGUCGCGGAAGUGGGUGUGUAGUCAGGUGUAAGGUGUGAUCUGGUAAAGCGGCUGGGAUAUUUGUUAGAGCUGUGUGUGGAAAAUUGCUUAUUUGGUGCAUGCAGGGUCCCCGAAAAACGUAUUCACGUAAAGCAUUUAAUUGAAAAUUUCACGUUCAUCCUACUUUUAGGGUUACGUAAAUACGCCAUUAACAGUUGAUGAUUGUCAGUAAAAGCUGUUUUCGUUGCCACUAUAGUGAAUAAGAAUUGGUGUAGUACAAUACGUGGUUUCAGUUACGUUUUUGUACAAUUUAUCGAUCAAACUAAUAGUCAAAAUUUAUAAACAUGAUUUCUGUGUUAUUGACAAAGUAAACAAAUUUGAUGUUUAUUGGAGUAAAUAAAUCAGAUGCCUCUACGUCACGAUAUAAACAUUAAAUUUGGGAAAGCACACUACAAUGUCAACACGUGGACUCACAUUUAAAUAGAAGUGCACCUGCACUUCUAAGGAUGUUACGUUGCAUUUCACUGCAUUCUGCCUUUGGCUGACCAUAUGGCAUCUGUUCAGAGAAUCAGUGAACGCCUAGAAGCCGCAUACUGGUGAAGCCAUGGAGGAGACGGAAGUACCACCUACUCUCUUCACAUCAAAAUACAUGAACGAAGCCAAGUUUAGAAAUUUGCGAGAACAACGGAAGUUAGAUCAAAAGAUCCACAAGAUAGAGGACGAGAAAGAAAUGAAGGCUGGGAAAUUGGGAAUGCAAAGACGAUUUUUAAAUCUAGAGCUGAAAGAAAUGAGAAGGAACGGACACCAGAGAGCGAUUUGUCCGAUGGGUUUGUCUGCCGAACAGAAAGACGCGUAUAAAACGCUACAAAACCAUCACCUACCCAGCAUCAGUUUAGAAGAGUUCGACAGACGACUGACAUCCUUUCGACUAGAGAGAGAAACAACGAACAAGUGGAAACAAAAAAUUAUUGCUAGGGCACGAAAUGCAAGGAUGCAUCAGUUCCGUAAAGUUCAAAAUCCGCCUUCAAAUGAAAGUGAAUCGAAAAAACCGACCCCCUUACUUGCGAAUAUUAUAACAAAGCUUCGGGUUAUGAAACAGGAAGGGGAACAAAUUCAUACUGAUGAUGAACAUGAUCAAGAAGACCAUGGAGAAUUUGAUUUUGACAUUAAAAUCAAGACCUCACGAAGUGCCCCGACGUCCCCAGCAAGGACUAUUUCUUUUCCAAAACCCAGAUUUCAGUUUACCAGGGCGGCGACUGUAUUUGGAGUAUCACUAACAGACACUCCACGAAAACGAACUAGACCUUUGAAAAAUAACGCGGGCAAAUUCGGGAUGGCUGUCACUCAGAGCAACGUACUUGAUCUUACACCACACCCAAAAGAAAGGAAUUCCAGCGACCUCGAAGUUUUUCACCAUCAGGGAAAGUGCGUGUCGUUACCAGAUCUAGUCUCCCGAGUGACACAUAUCGUGCACGCUUGGAACGCAUUUAGGGUCCCUCUCCACGAACCUGAAGAACCUUUAAGAGAUACUUUAGUUCAGCGCGAGGAACCAAAACUGAUGGAACCCCCAUUGCCCGGCUCUGCUUGGAAAAACUUUAACGUGUUUAACAGGACGCUGAAUUCUUUAGCCGAUGCAGAGGCGGAGGAUCAUGAAGUAAAGAAAACAUCUUGACAGAGUAGAAGGAUUGUUUCUUUUUUCCAAGAGAAAAGUAUUUGGCUAGAAGAGAGCGAUUAGUAAAUAGCCUUAGCAAAGAAUCUGUUGUUUAUUGACGAAAGGAGAUUUCUUCUUAAUUUGUUAAAAAUGCCAAUUUAUACAUUGUUUCUGCUUCUGGUCAAAUAAUGUUAUUUUUCUUGGAUUCUCAGGUAAAAUGAAAACAGUAACCGGUGCUAAAUGUGAACAUUAUCGUCUGUUUCGUAAAAACCCAUCCAGCUGAUAGGAAAUGGGCGCUUUUAUUUAUUCAAGCUUUUUUGUUAUAUUACUUCUUUGCCAGUACCUUUUUCAAUUUGUAGAGAUAUACACAGAUAUUUACAAUAUUCAUACAUGGCGAAAUAAGUUUUUUCUUUUGUAUAACGAUUGUAAAAUUGAAUUGUUUCUACUUUUUGGCUAUCAUCGAGGGAGCGACAAGGUCCGUUGCUUUAUACAUAGUAAACACGCUUAAUCUCUUUGGAACCGAUUUUUACAAACAUUUUAAGUCUAAUAUUAUGGUGUACAUUCAACAGUGGGAAAAACUUAUAAACAUCUUUACAUGUUGCCCUACAUGUACAUCUAAAAUUAACAUGUUCAUACACAAUAAAAAUCUAUUGUCGCCAUUCAUUAAUUAGAAAAGUUGCAUUUUUUUUAUUUUAUAAGU